UUCUUAUGCAUGGAUCUUCAAUGAAUACCCAUCAUUUGUACAAGAAGACAGUCGACGAUUUGUUUCUCAGGAAACUGGGCAUCUUUACAUAGCCAAAGUAGAGCCAUCUGAUGUAGGAAAUUACACUUGUGUUGUUACCAGUACUGUAACAAACACUAAAAUUCUUGGCACUCCAACACCUCUAGUGCUGCGUACCGAUGGUAUAAUGGGGGAAUAUGAACCCAAAAUAGAAGUUCAGUUUCCUGAAACACUUCCUGCCGCCAAAGGCUCAACUGUAAAACUGGAAUGCUUUGCCCUUGGAAAUCCUGUACCUCGGAUUAACUGGAGAAGAACUGAUGGGACGCCAUUUCCAAGCAAGGUAAUGCUGAAGAAAUUCAAUGGUGUAAUUGAAAUCCCUAAUUUCCAGCAAGAAGAUGCUGGUCUUUAUGAGUGCAUUACUGAAAACUCCAGAGGGAAAAACAUUGCAAGGGGACGCCUCACAUAUUAUGCAAAGCCUCACUGGGUUCAGCUGAUAAAGGAUUUUGAAGCUGCUGUAGAGGACAACUUAUACUGGGAGUGCAGGGCAAGUGGCAAACCCAAGCCAUCCUACAGGUGGUUGAAAAAUGGCGAGCCUCUAAUAUUAGAGGGAAGGAUACAAAUUGAAAAUGGUGCUUUGAUCAUAACAAACCUAAACUUGACAGAUUCUGGCAUAUAUCAGUGUAUAGCAGAAAACAAGCAUGGCACAAUAUAUUCCAGCGCUGAUCUCAGAGUCAUAGCUUCUGCUCCUGAUUUCUCCAAAAACCCAAUGAAGAAACUGAUUCAGCUUCUAAUGGGAAGCACAGCUCAUUUUGAGUGCAAGCCAAAAGCUUCUCCUAAAGCGGCAACUAUUUGGAAAAAGGGAGGUGAGCUCCUCCAAGAAAAUGAAAGAAUAUCAUUGUUAAAAGACGGAGGCCUCCGAAUAGCAAAUGUGAGUAAAUCAGAUGCUGGAAGUUACACUUGCCUGGCAGAAAACCAGUUUGGGAAAGCAAGUAGCUCGACCAGCUUAUUAGUUACAGAGCCAACCCGGAUAACCCUGGCACCUUCGAAUAUGGAUGUUACUGUAGGGGAAAGUGUAAUCUUGCCCUGCCAAGUUCAGCACGAUCCGCUGCUGGACAUAAGUUUCACCUGGUAUUUUAACAGUGCAUUGACUGACUUCAGAAAAGAUGCAUCCCAUUUUGAGAGAGUAGGUGGGACUGCGUCUGGAGACUUAAUGAUUAGGAAUAUCCAGCUCAAGCAUAGUGGAAAAUAUGUGUGCAUGGUAAAAACGGAGGUGGACAGUGUGUCUUCCGCAGCAGAUCUGAUUGUGCGAGGCUCACCUGGACCACCAGAAUAUGUAAAAGUGGAUGAAGUAACAGCCACCGCUGCUCAGCUCUCUUGGUCCGAGGGCUUAGAUAAUCACAGCCCAAUCACUGGUUAUACUAUCCAAGCUAGGACACCGUUUUCAGUGGGUUGGCAAAAAGUCACAACAGUUCCUGAUGUCAUUGAUGGGAAAACAUUCACAGCUACUGCAGUAGAUUUAAAUCCCUGGGUUGAAUAUGAAUUUCGCAUAGUUGCCACUAACAAAAUCGGAGGUGGAGAACCUAGUUUACCCUCAGAAAAAGUAAGAACUAAAGAGGCAGUUCCUGAAACUCCACCAUCUGAAGUAAGUGGAGGAGGUGGCAGUAGAUCUGAAUUGGUCAUCACAUGGGAUCCUGUCCCUGAAGAAUUACAAAAUGGUGAAGGAUUUGGUUAUGUCGUUGCUUUCCGACCACUUGGCAUUACAACCUGGAUACAGACAGUUGUUACAUCACCUGACACACCGAGAUACGUCUUUAGAAAUGAAAGCAUCUUGCCGUUUUCACCGUAUGAAGUCAAGGUUGGCGUAUAUAAUAAUAAAGGAGAAGGACCAUUUAGUCCAGUGGCCACAGUGUAUUCUGCCGAAGAGGAGCCUACCAUGGCACCUACUGGUGUAUCUGCAAGCAGCCUUUCUUCCUCUGUAAUUGAAGUCUCCUGGAUUUCCAUUCCUUGGAAAAUGGGUAGUGGGAGAUUGCUGGGCUAUGAGGUAAGAUACUGGAAUAAUGGUGGAAAAGAGCAGUCUUCAAACAAAGUAAAAGCCAUUGGAAAUGAGACAUCAGUAAGAAUAACAGGUUUGAGGAGCAACCUUGUGUACUACACAGCAGUUCGGGCUUACAACAGCGCAGGAGCAGGUCCUUUCAGUGCCACAGUCAAUGCCACCACCAAAAAAACACCACCCAGCCAACCUCCAGGAAACGUCGUGUGGAACGUUACGGACUCCAGAGUACUGCUGAAUUGGGAGCAGGUGCAUGCCAUGGAAAAUGAGUCAGAAGUAAUUGGCUAUAAGGUUUUAUAUCGGACUAGUAAUCAGAAGCAGCUCAGUGUCCUGAUUACAAACAGAACAUCUGCAGAACUUCUGCUUCCAUUAAAUGAUGACUAUAUUAUAGAAGUGAAAGCAUCAACUGAUGGUGGAGAUGGUAUUAGCAGCGAGCAAAUUAAAAUUCCUAAACUAGCAAGUAUGGAUGCAAGAGGUUCCGGUGCAGCCGUCUUAGACAGUCUGUCCAGCUUUAUGCCAGUAACACUUUUCCUGAUUUUCAAAGCAGGAUUGUGGUGAUGCUUUUUCACAAAUAAGCCAAGGCUAAGUGAAUAAUUUAGUUUAAAGUGCUUUUGAAAACAACGGCAACAACAACAGAUGGUGGUUAUGCAUGGAUCUACUACUAGUCUGAAUUUAAACACUUUCUAUGACUUCUGAUAUUUCAUUUAAAAAACCAGAUCAUAUACGUAUUAAACAGUUCCUUCGAAAGGAAUAUAAAAUGCCUUAAAAUGUAAUGAACCAAAGGAGCUUUCACAUUACAUGCUUCAGAAAUGACAAAAAUAAGAGGAUGAGUAUUACAAAAAGCUUUGAGAGUUCAUUUUCCAAAAACACAGAAUUAUUUUAAUGUAGCUUGCCACAAAAUCAUCCUCCUAAUACACACACAGAUGGAAGAUAAAAACAAAUCCAUUUUUCACCAGUAUCUGAUGGAAAACCUUGAAUACUUUUCUAAAAUUCUCAUCAUGUUGAACUAUAUCUGGAUAAACUUUCAUGUUGGUCUUUCAUUUAAUUACUUUAUCUGUCCUUAAUUAGAGGAAAUCACUUAGAGAUUUUACUAUAUAAAGUAGUAAAGCGGUAUUGCCAAUAAUCAAGUCAUAACAUCAAAAUGCCUAGUUCAAUAUAGAACCCAUCUUAGCUCAGCCUAUGUUAAUGCUUGGUUGCUUGUGCUCAUUUAUUUCCCUUUUUAAUAGAAAUUCAGUCUCACUGAUGUAUUAUUCUCACUUCUGUUUCUGAAUCCCGGUUCAGUUGUAGAAAGGGGAAACUCUUACAGAUGGAAAGGAACUCUUUAACUCCUUAUUAGGGGGAAAGGGCAGAUAGUGUCCUAGCAUUGCAGUCUUAAGUGUCCAGAGGCUCAGGGUUUGUUUCCGCACUGGAGCAGUGACAGUCGUGCUCUCGGCUCGGCUCCUGGCCAUCCCACCCCGCUGUGCUGCAGCCGGGCAUGGUGCCCCCUGUGCCUGCAAGGCCAGGCUACUCGGAGCAGCCCCACAAGGUGUUCAGGAUGCUCACGCGCCCUACAUUGCCUUGUUUCCUGUGGAACGAGGUCAUGGACUCUCAAGCCCAUUGACCCAUGAAGCCAGCCCAGCACCUGUCAAGGGGGCCCUUGCUCACUCAUUCAGACUUUUCCUAAUAUAUUAAGCACCUAUGAGAUACAUUGCUCAGUUCAAUUUUAGCCAAGCUUUCUUUGCAAUGUACAACUACUCCACUGGUUCGAUUUUGACAUUUAUCAUGGCUUUUUUCCAAUAAAAUAAAAGAAAACCCACACAGAUUAAGUGCCCAGAAUAGAACAUCUCACUUUCAGGUGCAAUGCACCAGAGCCUUAUAGCCAGGGAAUAUUAUCUCCCUAAAAUUGUAUGCGGCGUAUCUGAAUAUGCAGCUAAAAAUAUGUUGUCCUUUGAUAUUUUGUGUCUUGUUCAUUAGACCCUGUCUAUACAUUGGUCCUGCUGCAGUUUCCCCAUCGCACUAGAGAAUUUUUCUGGAUGAUAAUAGGUUAACUGCCAUUUUCUUAUUUGUAAGCAAACAUUUUCUAGAUGUCAUUAACAGGACUGUUUUCAGCAAAUUUUGCAUAACAAUGGAUAUAUAAAUCUGUCCUUGGUGUAUUUGAUUUACAAAUUUUCAGUAUUUAGAAGGAUAAUUUGCAUCUCAAAAUAUUACUUGUACUCACUCACUUUCUCACACAUCUGCUCAAAACAGUUGUCAGCCCUAGAGCAGGACCCGUUCAAGAACAUUCAAACAUUGCUCUCUAUUUUAUUAUGCAUUCAGAUCUAAAAUGAUGAUACUAGUAUAACCCUGAGACGCAUCACUUUUCCAAGUGUCUUGGGAAAGCCUGUAUAUAGUGUACAUAGUAAAAUGAUAUAAAUACCUACUUGCUUUUCAACAUGGCAAACUACUGAUGCUUCCAAACAGUUACUGAAAGGUGGGAAAAACUCCUUUGUGUAUGUCAUACUCAUGCAAUGAGUGUUGGAGCUACCAUUCUUUUUACAAGAAAAUUCUACAGCCUUUUCCUGUACUGCCAUUUUCAUGACCAUCUUUAUUGAAUUUAAACUCUAUCUCCAUGAGAUGUGUACAGACUACUUUGUUUCAUAU